CAUACAUUUUAAGCCGCUAUGACAUAGUGUGUUGUCUCAAUAUCGCAAAAUCAUAACAACGGCACGCUCGUCCUAUCACCCGUUGGCAAGCCAUACAGUACGGCGUAAGCCAUCACCCGAAGCCAUGUCUACAUUGAAGUAACAUACUCAACAAUCAACGGUCCCCAAAUUUCAAUCUUCGUCCAAAACACUUGUAUAAUUAUAACUACACGUUGAGAAGAUGAUGAAGUUUCGCAGGUUUUACAAUGGCGCUCAAACCCUCUACUUCACCCACCAUUUUCGCCAUUUACAACUCUAUUCAAGUUCAACGUCAAACAACCCUAAAUUUGUCAAUUAUUUGGUGGAAGCUAUAGGGUUUUCCAACAAAGAAGCUCUCUCUGCUUCUAACAAGCUAGCUCAUAGUCGUCAAAUUCGAGGUUUGUCUUCUAGAAGAUUUCAACCGUAUGAGCUUUUUCUGAGAGAUUUCAUUGGUUUACGGUCUAAUGGGAUCGGGUGGAGGAGAGACGGAAUUGGACUGCAUUUGCAACCAUAUCGGUUUUACUAGUCUUUCAGCAAAUGUAAAAAGUUAAAUCAUAGUUGAAUUAAUUCAGCAAAUGUAAAAACUGCUUUUGGUUACCGAAAGGAAGAGUUUGGUGAUAGGGAAGGUUGAGGGAACAAAAGAGUUGAAAUUGCAAGUUUGGUGAUAGGGAAGGUUGA